UCUUUAAAGAUCUCUCUCUCUCUCUCUCUCUCUCUCUUACCCAAAUAGAAAGAGAGGAAUUAUCCCUGAAUCUUUCUUUUCUCUCUCUCUUUUUCCCUUGAAUUAGAAAGAAGGGAAUUCUAACAGUUUGGGUUGAGAGCGUCUACUACUUGCAACUCUUUAAGAUUUUCUAUCCUUUUAUAAAACUCUCUCUCCUCUCCCUUUUUCCCCCUUUUCCCUUCUCAUCCUUCCUUCCCAUACGGACACACACGACCACACUUUUCGAACACACACACGACUUUCUGUUGGACAAUCGGGCUUAUUUCAAAGGGCAGGUUCACUUGGAUAUUUCCCCCUCCUCAUUUUACGCUCUUUCCCAUCUCAUAUCGCAUUUCACACACACACACACACAAACCUCUUGGUCAUUAUACGCUUUCUUUUUCGCCUCUUUUGUAUUUCUGCUACUCAACAACAAACAACGGGGAUUCUGCACACGCACACACACGCACAUCCGCACACACGCAUCAUCGGACUUAUACACUUUAAAUCGCUUCCUUUUGCUACUCUUUUGACGACAAGAUUUCCUUGCUGUAAUGGCCGCUGUAUCUGUUGACCAGAACAGUCUGUACCUUCAGCAGUCAUCAACGAGCCCACGGUCAUUGCAACGUCCUCACAUGCCGCAACAACAACAGCAACAGCAACACCAGCAGCAACACCAGCAACACCCGCAGAGUGCGAGUGUCCCUAGCGGCCAUUCCUUGCCGUACACGUCUUCCCAAGCGCAGGCGCAGGGACAGACAAUGAUGGGCUCGCCUACGGUUCCCAUGCCAGCCGACUAUGCGUCGCGAAAGCUUUGCAUUGAUACGGCUGUGACAAGAGGGCCGUACGAAGCGGCUGGCCCGUCGACUUCAUACUUUUCGCUCCCAGCCAUGCCAUCGCCGACUCGGCGACGACGCGGCGAUCAUAUGGGAUCCUUUGCGGUCAGCGUCGGCCCAUUUUUCAAGCCAACGAAGCAAAUCUACAACAUUUACAGCAUUGAUCGGACUCGAUUGUACACACUGCGGAUCAACCCCAAAGUCGAUCGCGGCUUCUUUCUCGCGGACAAUGACUGGACAUGCUACCGUCGAAAUUACUUUCAAGUGUCGAGCGCCUUUUCGGCUGCCGAUGCCCACGGCCAAGAGGUUGAAUUGCCUUGUCUCAUGGAGAUGGAUAACAACCUCUACACGGUGACUGGAUUCGCACUUGGCAUUUCUGCUCGUGUAGCAAACGGGGAAAAGAAGAUUGAACUCGUGCAGCACACACCCAAGCGCGACAAGGGACCGCAACUCAUCCCACAGCCAAAGGUUGUGCGUUCGGGUGGAAACCCUCACCAGUACAAUGGCAUCGGCACAAACCAGCUCGUCGCCACCUUUGAGCGCCUGCAGUUCAAAACAGCAACGGCCAACAAUGGCAAGCGCAGAGCCGCUCAACAGUACUACAUUUUGAUUAUUGAGCUCUUUGCUCAGACUGAAAAUGGACAACAGUACAAGAUUGCCAUGACAGAGUCUGCUCCGCUCGUGGUCAGAGGCCGCAGUCCCGGCCACUAUGCUGAUGGCAACUUGGACGCUCUGCGCAUUUUCCCCGUGGACAUGCACUUUGGCCGUCGUCCCGAAUUUUACGGACCCAUGACAUCGCCCAUGUCGCCGUACGGAAUGACGUCACCAAUGUACUCGCCUGUGACGCCUGGAGGGCAGAUGAUGUCUCCUGGAAGUCCGGGGAUACCGAUUCCAUCGCCACAUUACCAUUCGCACAUGCCUGGCGGAGCCAGCAUGUCCGCACCCACCGGUCCAGGUGGGCUAGACUUUGUCCAGCGGGGACACGGCGGUGAUGGAUCUCAUUGGAACCGGGCUCGGGCGCAUUCUCUGGCAGAGUCCGACUCUUCUUUCACGACAACGGGAACGAACGCGACUGCAUCCUCUUACAACUCUAUCGAUUUUGACGAAAUUGAUCAGUCCGCCAUGGGAACGAGCGCUGCAAGCCACCAUCAUGUUCCUCCCCCGGUCGAUGUCCAAUCACCUCCCUCGUUGUCUCCACAGAGUCCACCUUCUUCCUCGGCAACGUCAGUUAGCGGGCCUGGAGCGCCCAUUCAUGACCUUGUCUCUCCAGACAACCGGUCUCCUCACGCUCCUGAUGGUCGGAGAAGCUUCCACCCGUACUCAAACAUUCCAAGCUGGGUUGAAGAGGCUGGCCCUCGGACGCCCAUCACUCCCACCACCGAGAUUAGCAAAAUGAUGGGUGGAUUCCACUUUAAUCAGCUUCAACAACACAAGUACAAGGACGAUUACAAGGAGGAUUUGAUGGCUGCGAAUCCCCCUGUGCCCCUAUACUAGACGCGAGUAUAGAUGAGAUUUGGCAAAAAGGCUCGACUCUACGCAUACCAGCAAAAAGGCAUCCACAUUGCGCAACUGGCACCAGCAUCCGCAUCUGUAUCGUUAUGUAAAGUUUAAAAUGACUGAAGGACAAUCAGUAUUGUAUAUAGUUUCAGGGUUGCGGAGAGUAUGUAGAAAACCGGAAACCUUUCUUUUUUGUGAGUUUAGGCGUUGGAAGAGCAAUCGCGCGCGCACGGACAAGGAUUGUCUUGCAGGCUAGACGAGGCAAAUAGCACUGUUGAUCAGUUUUGUUGGAUUUCUUUCCUGUAUUUGCUGAGCAAAAUGGGAACUUGUAGCUUGGUAUUUUUUAGCUGUCUUGUAUAGUUAAGCUAGGAUCUGUCAGUGCGACGUUGUGUAGUACGCCGGUGGACUGUGGACUCUAGUUGAGAAGAAAAUUUACUUUUGUUUUGUGGA